AUGGCCGUUUGCUGGGCCACGGCGCUGUACGUGCCGCUCGGCGCAUCGCUGCGCGCAUUCGAGGACGCGGUGCCACGUACGCAUCGAUUCAUCAAGUGUGCUUCGUGGCCCGAAUACUUUUCUGUGCGCAGCGAUGCGCCGCGGACCCUGGCACCGGUGCCUGUCCAGUUCUGCCUCGCGCAGUACCUUGUUAUGUGCUUCCUGUGCCACGCACCGUACGCUACCAAAGCCGCUCCUGAGAAGCAGCCAUUUCGCCCUGCUCUGCAGCAGUUCCUUGUGCAUUUGGAGGUGUGGCCGAGUACGUACGACGUGCGUGCACGCCAAACAGCAGCGCAGUUUGUACGCCGCCUGCUGGAUGGCGACGUCGCACAGUGCGCGCAGCUCGUGCCUAUCGAUGCGGUACAGCACCGCACUGACUGGAACGGCGAUACUACGGUGCAUAUGGAACUUGAUCUUCUCGUGUAUCUCUUGUACGCGGCGUGCGAUGGCCCACUGCAACUGCACGAACAGCGAUGGGCGCUCGCAUGGAUGGAUACACAUGCAGACAUCAUCCUGAGCGUACACAGAUACCUUGUCGCAUGGCCUCCGCAUGUAGCAGCAGAGCUCGGGACGCGCUGGGCGCGCGCUGCGCGCUUUUCCGACACGCUCGCCUACCGCUGGAUUUGCCUGGCGUGCGAAAAACAAAUCGACGUGCUCCACACGUUUGAGCAGCUCGGCGGUGCAUUUGCAGACAUGUACGGCACACACUCCGCCGUGCAGCGCCGCAUCGAGUCGUGCAUGAUUCGCCUCGCGCGGUCCACGCACGCAGUCGCCACUGCCGAUGGGCCGAUCCCGCUCGUAUUUGUCGCACAGACGCAGUGUAUACCACGAUACCUCGGCAUGCGUAUCCAAGCUCUCGUUCGCCCUGGCGCGCCGCAGGACAGCGCGCCUGCCUUUUGCGCAUUCGCCACAACACUCAUCGAGCAGCGCCUCUUGCCGGUGCACAUCGAGGACCGAGCAUGGGAUACUAUACCUGCAUCACCGCUACUGCUACGCGCACACAAUACCCUCGAUGCACUCGCCGCAGAGCUGCGCAGCGUUGGGCUCCACUACAGCACGCGCGCCUUCGGCGCCGCUCUCUUUGCUGCCACCACGCAGCGCGUCGAGCGCGCGAUUUCGUCAGCGCGGGCUUUGCUGGUGCUGCAAAUCGGCGUGCGCGUGUGCACGUUUGUGCUUACGCAGAUGCUCGUGCGCACUGCAUCGCCCGCCGUGUUUGGCGCGGCGAAUGUGCAGCUGGAGCUCGUGCUGGGCGUUGUGCUUGCGCUGGCGCGGGACGGCGUUCGUGCGGCGGUACUGCGUGAGCGCGAGCAGGAAGAUAUGCAUGCGAGUGUGCACAACAUUGCGCUCCUUCCGAUUGGUGUCGGUGCAGUGCUUGCUGGAGUUGUCGGCGGCGUGUACCGCUUUUAUCUCGCGCCGCACGACCUGCAAGCCCACGGCGCUGCAUUUUCUUUCUCCGUGGGCAUGUACUGCGCCGGCGCGGUGCUGGAGCUGUGUGCAGAGCCUUUGUAUACAUAUGCGCUUGGAGAAAACUGGUAUGUAGGACUGCGUACUGCAAUGGAGGGCGGCGCUGUGCUCUUGCGUGCCUGCUCGGCGCUGUUUCUGCUGCGGCCAGCAUUGCUUGCAGCUGUACAGGCUCGCGUGCAUGUUGGCGAGGAUGGCGCAGCAUUACUUGCAUUUGCUGCGAGCCGCGCCGCGUACGGGCUGGCUGUGCUGGUGAUUGGGUUCGUUGGCGUUGCAUGGUAUGCAUCCAUGCACACCGCCAUCCUCGCUUUUGUGCCGCAGCGUGCGCCGAUCCAACAUCCGACGUGGUCGCUUGUGCGUGUGACAACAGCGCAAGCCGCGCUCAAGUUUUUGCUCGCAGAAGGCGAUAAGAUGGCCGUAGCGCAUCUUACACCGCUUGCGGUGCAAGGCGGCUACGCACUUGCGAGCAAUUAUGGCUCGCUGCUUGCACGCACUGUAUUCCAGCCGCUCGAGGAGAGUGCGCGGCUGUAUUUCGGGGGCAUGGCGGCGCGUGCAGUACUGGCAGCAGAUGAAAAGAAAACGGGGGAGCAGAACGCACACACGGCAGCGGCCACACAAGAAAGCGAUGCAUCGGCGCGCCAAGGACCAUACUUCGCUUCCAUGACCCCCACUUGCCCUCCAUCCAACACCUCUGCGAUGCAAGGUAGCGCUGCACUGCUUGCUCUCUUACUGCACGCACAGCUUGUGCUUGGCACGCUGCUCAUCACGUUUGGCCCGCCACUCGCACACCCAUUCCUCCUCGCCGUUGCCGGACCGCGGUGGGCCGUCGAUCCACAGAGCGGCGCUGCGUCGCACGCGGCACACAUCUUUAGCGCCUACUUUUACUAUUUGCCGAUCAUGGGCAUCAAUGGGCUCGUCGAGGCAUUCCUGCAGUCGACGGCGGCCCCGCAAAUACUCUCGCGCUACUCGUACACGCUCCUCCUCUCCAGCCUUGUCUUUGUCGGUACGCUAUGGAUUGGGCGCGGAGAGGCCGUGCUUGUGCUCGCCAACUGUGCAGGACUUGGGCUCCGUGCAUAUGUCUCGUGGAGAUACAUGUACUCCGUAUUUGCGCCGUUCCCUGCGCUCAAGCGGCAAAUUGAGUGGCAGCACGUUUUGCCUUCCUUGCCCGUACUUGGCGUCUGUGCUGCUGCAGGCUUCGCUCUACGAUCUAUGCACGCACAGCUACCGCCUUUUGUCGCGUUGAGCACGCUGCGCGAUGUGCACAGUGCAUUGACGCGCCUUGCUGCCACGACGCUGUGCACUCUCUCAUGCAUUCUCGCCGUCUUGGUGCUGUGCGAGCGGCAGCGUGUACUUGCAGCGUUUGCAGCGCUGCAGGCAACGCGGUAG